AUGACGGCCACGCCCAUCUAAACAAGACACUAGUGCAGUACUAUCAAUGGCGAGUCGAGGCAAGAUUCAGGUUCUCUACCAGCAGGCCAGACUAACGUUCUCUAAGAAGAAGGGCCCUUCUUUGGAGAAUGGAUUCUCAGAAGAGCUGGGCAAUCUAAAGACACUAGUGCACAGUUUAACGGCGACAGAUUUUGAUAUCACUCCGGAUGUGACUAAGAAGCGAUGGGAUUAUAAGCCAUACGUCACCGACUCGCCAGCUGCUUGCAUGGAGGUCUACGAAUGUCAGGACUUCAUUAUCGGCCUGUUUUUGAUAAAACCCCAGAAGUCCAUACCAUUACACAAUCAUCCUGGCAUGCAUGGAAUCAUGAAGAUACUACUGGGCAGUAUGACGGUGACCUCGUACACUCGCGCGGCCGCCGUCAGAGGACGUAGUGAUGGAGGCAGCAAAGGACAAGGUGAUGGAGGCAGCUUUUCCGCUAGCCUCGUGUCAAAGGUCACCUACACUCCUCAGAGCGAGCCGUGUUGUUUGGAACCACACUCACGCAACCUUCACGAGAUUGUUGCCAGCGAUCAGUCAGUGGUGUUCCUAGACAUACUGGGACCUCCAUAUAAUCCCAAGCUAGGCAGAGACUGUGCAUACUACUUCAGAGAGGAACCCUCACCAAGAGAUCACUCAGAAGAGGAGUCUAUUCUUCUGAAACCUGGUCCUAAUCCAGCGUGGUUUACAUGUAUCCCUUUGACUUAUUCUGGACCUAAAGUUAAUCCUUCAAUCAACAGUUAGUGGGCGGGGCUCCCUCCGUCCAUUUUUGUUAUUUGUUUGUAAAUCCCCGGCCCCUGAGUUCAGAGUUCAGUUAACUAACCAUCAUUAAUGUACGUACGUAACGUUGUACAAUAAUUAUUAUGUCACUGACCUUG